CCCGCCUCUCCCCCUCCCGAACCCCGUUACACGUCUUAAGCAGUUCCUUAUUCUUAUUCAAUGCAAUGCAAAUCUGCGCGAUCGGUCCGUUGUUUCUGCGUUUUUACUAGCAAAAUGAGUGCUUCGGUGGCAUCGCUUACAGGAGCUCUCAAAUGGAAAAGAAACCUACAUUGGCCUUACACUGUAUUGCUUCUAAUGACGUUUCUCGGUUUUCUCUUUUACUUGGCCUGGCCAAUUCUUCUGGACCAGUCAAUAGAGGGGGAGAAAGAAAUGGCACAGAAUAACAUCGCUUUUGUCCUGCAGCUGACGGCUGGGACUAAUCCGUCUAAAAGUCGUUUCGUCUAUCGACUCAAACAGUGCUUAGGUUCCAUUUGCCAGCACUCCAGCAUUAGUCUCACAAUCCACCUCUUUGCCAAUUCUGUAGGGAAAGAUGAGGCUUUAAAAAUCUUCGAGGAAAUAGGUCAUUAUUGCGUGAGUGGCUACAAGGUAAAAUUCUACGAUGUUGAAGAGGUGAUAGAAGGCAUUCAACCUGCAGUAGACGUGAUUAAGGAUGCAAUUCAAAUUGGUGGUCGCAGUAAUACAAAAAUGCCCCUCUAUUAUCUUCCAAUAUUCAUGGAUAGCAUUUUGCCUGAAGAUGUGACAAGAGUCAUUUUGAUGGACGCUGACUUUUUCUUCUACUCUGAUAUCAAGCUACUGUUUGAUCACUUUGACAACUUCAAAAACACAACUAUUUUUGGUUUAGCUUAUGUGCAGCUACCAACCUACCGAGAGGUCUUUCAAAAAUACAGACAAGAGCAUCCAGGAACGAAGAUAGGCGAUCCACCCCCCGAUGGCGUCACGGGAUACAAUGGAGGUCUUAGCAUGCUUCACCUGAGUAACAUGCGAAAGUCGAAGCAUUACAAGCAAAUCCUGCUUAAUAAUGAAGUAAGAAAAUAUGCGGAGAAAUACCAGUUCCGAUCAACCAGAGCUGAACAAGAUUUCUUUGUUUUAUUGGACGCAGAGCACCAUGAUGAGCUGUUUUAUGUGGUUCCUUGUCAGUGGAAUCGUCAGCUAUGUAAAAGGACGUCACCAGCACUCGAAUAUCGUAAUUGCCCUAAGCCUAUUCACGCCUACCAUGGAAACUGCCAUGUAAAAAUGCCAACAUUGGAUAAUCCUUCCCAGUUUACAGACUGAAACUGUAUCAGAUUUUUAUUCUUUUUCGUAUGGGUGUCAUAGAUUGACGUGGUUAGACAGUCGGGUGUUGAACUUUUGAUUAAGAAAGAUUUAACAUAUGUUACUGUGAGGUGUAGUCAUAAAUAGAAAGGGAAGGGUUAAUCAAAAAAAAUCAUACCCUAUUGUUACGGUCUAUGGGAAAAACUGAUUGUGUUUUUUUUUUAAGUAGACAGAGUAAGGGAGAAGGAUACCUAAAUUCCAACUUUAAUCAUAACUCUUUAAUGACUUAAAGUUUACUAGCUGGUUACGAUUUGUACUACAAAUGGUUGUUAAGAAGAUGAGAUGGCUGGGCGCGGGACAAAGCAGAGAGCAGUAAAAGAAGUUAAUGCUAAAUACUAUUUGUUGUUAUCGAGGUUACAUUAAAAAGAAGGUUAAAACCUAUAGUUUGCUCAAGAACCUAGAAGUUAAGUAUUAAAAGAUGCAAAAACAACUUAAGCGUUGUCUUACAUUUGACACUUACAUAGAAAAAGAGCGCAAAGUAUGUAAUAAAUACUAAAUACUAACUGUUGUUAUCGAGGUUACUUUUCAAAAAAGGUUAAAACCUAUAGCUUUGUUCAAGAACCUAGAGGUUACGUAUUAAAAGAUUCAAAAACAACUUAAGCGUUGUCCUAAGUUUGUCACCACAAAGAAAAAGAACGCAAAGUGUAUAUUAAGAUGCAAGUUAGAACAAAUAGGUCUAUAUUAUAAUUUUUUUUAUGCAAUCCGUCACUUCAAAAAGGAGAAGAAAUUUGGGGCGAAUCUCAUUUUGCAGUCGCUUCUGGUAACGUGACGUCACACUUUAGGACUCUAUAGGAACAAAGAAUUAGAGCGGAAAACCUACUGCGCAGCUUUCUACGCAUUUCUAACCCUACCUGCGGGCUCAGACAAUAAUGCGGGAUGCAAUGGCAGAGGGAGCGGCGCACUGAAAUAAGGAACGUGAGGAUGUCGCUCGGUUGAUUUAUUUCUACUUGGGAAAACAUGAAUUUUUUCGGCAUUUCACUGUUAAUGAAACGAGGCUACCCCUGCCUAGGCCUGCUGCGAGGCUCUCUUGCUUAUACAUAACUGGUGUGCUUAUAUGGAUGCAAUAUGUAAAGACGGUCUGUGGAAAAAAUGUGUCUUCGAACCGAAAUUUAAUUUCUUGUAUACCGCGGGAAAAUAGAGGGAUCGGAAACCUUUUUAAUAUUAAUUUUGUCGGAAAAAUAUUGAUUCCCCACGAAAACAUUACACCAGCUUUCUAUCUGUUACGAGAAGAUGUUACUGGGAAAAUUAGGAAAGUAUAUUAACUUUGUAACCAUUUUUGUUUACGUGAAUGACGAAAUCCCCCCCAUUUUUUCAAAUUUGGAGCUUGGCGCGGCCAAAACUCGCGCAUGCAUUUUACGCCUCUCCGUUCUGAAGGACAAUUUAGCUUUUCAUCCUUUGUUUUGUCAUUAUUAACAGUCCCACGAGCCACUGCGAGUUGAGACUAUCCUCAGGUCAGUCUUCUCGUUUAUAGAAUGGCGAUAAUGGCUUGAUUGCUGAUGCAGAGUGAAUAUUCAUCGUCACGAUUGUCACUUUGUCUCGGGCUCACCUGAGACAUUGUAAAUUGAAGUGUGCCUAAUUAC